AUGGCUUUCACCACAGCUCGGUUGGCCACACUGUCCCCCAGCGCCCUAUUCAAGAUUAUCGGGGCACCAAAUACGGAGAAGCUCGUCCGCCUCGACGGGAAGCCCCUCGCCCCUGGGAUGCCAGAGCAGUUGGUCGAAAAGACGGAGUGGGAAGAUUGGAUCGACGAAGACGAGGAAGACGUCCGGCUUAUUGACUUUGGCGAAGCUUUCCCGCACAGCGCGCCACCCACCAAACUUGCCGAACCGGGUGGCCUCCAGGCCCCUGAGGGAAUAUUUACGGGGAAGUUUGACUACAGGGUCGACCUGUGGCGGGCGGGCUGCACGUCCAAACUGGAGGGGAAAUUCACACGACAUGCCACGGACCCAAGUUUGAGGCCUUUGCUGGCUAUUAUUAAGGGGUUGAUGCGGUUCAGGCCCCAGGACCGCAUCUCUGCGGACGACGCGCUGGUCCUGUUGGACGGACCUGAGCCCUCUAAGAAGCCGGAGCCGGAGCCAAAAGCGAAGGGUGACAACAAAGCCAAAGGCAACCUCAACGCCGCUGAAGGCGGCACCAGUGAAGAAGAAGGCGAACUCAACGUCGGGGGCAACGUCGACGCCGAAGAAGGCACAGACAUCGAGAACCACACCAAUAGCAAAAGCAACAGCAACAGCAACAACGACAACGACGGCAACUCAGCCGACGGGGAAGCAAACAACAAAGACAACAAAGGGAGGGAUUGUGAAGAAGUAGAAAAUAUCGAGCCUUUGUCGGUACUAUCUAAUUCAACAAGUUGGAUGAACAACAGGGGCAUUCUUGAAAUAUUUCCAAGGACGGAACAAUACAAUACCACGUUGGCACCAAGAUGCAGAAUACGAGCAAUCGUCAGUUACUCAUCAAGCCAUGGAAUCCCCGCCGAUGCCCAACCUUGCCCUCAGCGCGGCAUUCCCUCGGGAUUCGGGAUCCCGCAGUUGAUGGGCCCCACUCCAACUCCGAAGGACUCCUCCACCCCCCAGAACAGGCAACCGUGA